GUCAGCACUAUACCACAGUUGUAAACACUGAUGAGGUAAUAAUUAGCACUGGCUGUUUAUAUUAUUAUAUACCAUUUGUGAUACCAUACUAUAUAUAAGUAGACACAAUGGCUAGCCCCGGAGUAACAAGAGCUGACAGCAAUGAUUGUACAGUAUCCACAGAGGGGACACAUAUGAAGUCUCGGCCCCUUCUGAAGGACCUGAUGAAGGAUCUUGACACCCUUAUCGCCUGGCAACUGCUCAUGAUUAAGUUGGGAGUGGAAAAGUUUGAAAACGAUAAAAUAGAAAUUAACUUCCAGGGGGAUAUUGAUAGACAAAAACAAGAGGCCUUUGACAAGUGGUUGAGGAAGAAGCCUGGUGCUUGCUGGAAGGAUGUUAUUGAUGCUCUGUAUGAAAUGAAGGAGAUCACUCUGGCUAGUAGUCUUGCUAGGAAAUACGCCUGGGAAGAUCCAAGGGUAUACGUAAGCAGCAACUUCCUAAGUACCUCUAAACCUGCUCACGUCACUGCCAGAAAAAUUGGUGAUAUACCGUGUCGUAGAUUUCUUCCUAAACUUGAUCUUGGACUAGAUUACUACACUUUAGAAGAUGCUUUAGUACGACCAAUUAAUAUAAGAUCAGCAACAGUCAGGACAACUUAUUUUUCAGGUCUUUUACUCCGUCCAGAAUUUCGUUCUGACUGUUACAAUCUGGCCGAUUUCUUUAGGAGCAUUGAAAGAAAUAACAGUAAGAGCGACUUCAAAGUUGGGCUGGAGGCAAGGUUUGGACAUUUGUACUUGAAACUGAAUCCAGAAAAUGUACUUCCUGCUAACUCAACUAGCCAGGAGUGGAUAAGAUCCAAGUCACUUCGAAAAGCAGCAUUCAACACCCAAGUGGAAGAAGCCGAUGUUGGGCAACUGUUUGUUGGGAGGGAGCAGCUCGGGAAAGAGGUCACUGAAAUAUCUGUGAAAUUCAAAGUAGAGGGUCAACAUGAAGGGAGAUACUCGGCAGUCAUUGCUACGUAUGAAGAUGGUGAUGUCUUUUACCUGGAUGCUGUGUACAGAGAACCAGCCAUUGAGAAUAGAGCAAGAUUAAGCAUUGCUCUACCAGGAUACAAGUACGACUUGAGGAUAUCUGAUUGUACCGAAUGCAUCUUGCUAGCUGAACAUGAGAACAGUAUACCUUAUCAGAUGGCCGAAACUAUUACUAAUUCUAUGUGCAGACUUCCCGCUAGAAAGCUUCGUAUUAUUCUCCACGGAUCAUCUCGAAACAAGGAGAGCGUUUGGAAAGUCAACUACAUUCGACAGUGUAUUCAAAAGCAGUACAAAUGGAAACCAGAGAGAAAGUGGAUUUUGGCCCAGUACGAUGUUGAUGUCUUUGACUAUAAAACAAAUCGCACUGUCGAAGUGCACCCACUGAAUGAAGGAGUGGACAUUACCGAGGUGGACUACUCAAGAAAAGAAAUCGAGCUUUGGGGUCAAAAGAUAUACCCAAGAAAUGUUGACGACACCCACCCCUCACGAGACAAGUACUACUACAUGGAAGGGAUUGAGGGAGUGCGACUGCCUGGGGAGGAACUUAGGGAGCCGUACAAUUGGACCACUGAGGAACUGUUGAGAAAUUUCGAUGAGUUUCUGGGAGAUGCAUUCAAGAUUGCUCACAUCCUCGAUGGAUCUCCUUACUAAGCUAAAAGUAUAUAUCAUCGUAGUUUUUACCAUCAUUUAAGCUGUGGUAUUAUGCAACUAGUCAAAGAUUUACUUCACUGCCACUGCAUGCAUGCAUGCAUGUACUUUGUUCAGUAUUAUUAUAUGUUCUGUGCACAUUAUCGUUUUAAUUGUCUAUUUUUGGUGCAUGC